AUGCAAUCAAACAAUAUUUUUUCACAGAAAGAUUCACAGAAAAAUCGCUUUUUACCUUGCAGGUAUAUUGGCACUGAAUUUAUCUUCUUUCUCAUAACACCAAUAUUUUUACUAUCUCUUAAACGUUCAUUUUCUCUUGGCCUGCUGAUAUCAAUUGCCUGCAUAUUUGCCUCGGUAGCAUUAAACCUUAAAACUUCCAUCGAUUAUAACUUUCCUCCAACGCAAAUGUUAUGGACGAAACCAGCAAUAUUCAAUCAAGAUUUCAUGCAGCACCAUCGCCUGGUCUAUAUAAAACCUCAAUAUCGAAUUGGACCGUAUCUCAUUGGACUUUUACUUGGUUAUAUAUUAACGUUACCUUGUCAGCGGAAUCAAAAGUAUACGAAAAAAUUCAUUUGCAUCGGAUGGACGCUUGCCGUUGUGUUUGCCAGCGGAAUCAAAAAUAUACGAAAAAAUUCAUUUGCAUCGGAUGGACGCUUGCCGUUGUGUUUGCAUUGUCAUCUUUGUCAGCACAAUCAAAAGUAUACGAAAAAAUUCAUUUGCAUCGGAUGGACGCUUGCCGUUGUGUUUGCAUUGUCAUCUUUGUUCGGCCUUUAUCCCGCCCUUCAGGGAUGGAAAUGGCCCAUGUACCAUCUCAUUUAUGGUGCCACACAUCGACUCUUAUGGGCUUUAGCAAUGGGAUGGAUAAUCUACGCAUGCCAUAAUCGUAUUGGCGGUCUCGUAGAUACUAUUCUCAGCUCACGAAUCUUUUUACCGUUCGCUGGUUUAGGUUAUUCGGUAGGAUUACCAGUACUCUUCUUGACUGGCUUCAUUCUACAUUUUACAAACGUUUUUGGAUUCAUUCUCGGUGAAGAAUACUUCAUCAAUUCAUAUGCAGUGGGUGAACAACAAAGUUACUUAAACCGUGAUCGAAGCCGAUGGGUUUGUCACUAUCGUUUCAUGGAGUGUAUUCACGCAGCUGGUGAAUCAGAGGCGGUUGCUUCAGAAUAUCCGAUGAUAUUUUGCAGUGGUCGCAUACAAACGAAUGGUACCAUUGGAGGGAUCUGUUUACCAUCGCCUUGCACCAAUGAUCGAGAUGAGUUAUUGAGAGUAUGGAAUGAAAAAGCGAAAGGCGGCAAGGAUAUCGAAGUGGAAGAUGUAGAAUGUACAAUAUCUCGUUACGAAAAGCAGUGGUACGAAAUAAUGAGUUGCGUUUUGGAAUUUAGCAGUAAUAAGGUGUUGAUGUGUGUUGUUGCAUUCGCUACAAUUUAUCAUAUUCAGCGAGGUGAUCAAGCAAAUUCUUUAUUUCUGCGUUUAUUUUUGGCGUUUUCGGCAAAGAGCAGCAUUCAAUCGAUAACGUCGUUCCCAAAGGAUGAGAAUGCAACGAUAAAAUGCAUUGUAGGACUUCGUGUUCUAGCAACAAUUUGGGUUAUUGCAGGACACACGUCAAUAUUCAUUGAGGUUAUACAUGAUAUUAUUCAAGAGAGCGUGUAUGCACAACCACAAUAA